CCUGACCCUAUCGGUGCAUCGUGCGCCCGGACCGCCGCGCAUGCGCCGGGCACUGCGCAAACUGGGGCCCGCUCUGGGAGCUGUCCCGGCGGGAUUUGCCUGGAUGGAUCGAGCGGAUCGGAAUGGAACAGCAGGCCCAUACAGCCACAACGGCUACUGCAACCAGUGCGCACCCAAGGUUGCACUUGCCGAGACACACAUCUUCCCAGGGCAUUGCGAGAAGCCAACGUUUGAAGAGUUCACCUCCUUCGAGACCUACAUCUUCGACUGCGAUGGGGUGAUCUGGGGCAUCUCGGACGAGGACUCCAAGACCUCGGUGGCCACGGUCAACUACCUGCUGAAGCUGAGCAAGCGGGUGAUGUUUGUCACCAACAAUUCCAACAAGACUCGGGCGCAGUUCGUCCAGCAGUUGGAGGGCAAGGGGGUGAACUUUGGAAGCAGAAGCAAGGAGCAGAAGCUGAGCAUGAUGGUGAGUGCCUCCUACACGACCGCUGCCUACCUCAAAGACUCCGAGCUUCAGCAUCCCUUCAUCAUUACCUCCGACACCGGAGUGUUGGAGGAGUGCCGCAUGCUUGGGAUCACCAACUACUUCGCGACCAUCGAUGACAACGGGAAGCCAGCCGCGGCCUUCGAAAAAAUGGACAUGGGCUCUGCGGCGGACGUGAUCAAGCAGCGCCCAGACGUGGACGCCAUUGUGGUUGGCUGGGAUAUGCAGCUCACCGCGCUCAAGGUGGGCGCGGCUGUGAACUACAUCAAGUGGCACGAAGACCUCUACUCCCAUGAGCCCGGCUACAAGGAGCUACCGCUCAUCGCCUGCUCCGGGGACACGGGGGGGGUCUUGGGGAAGACGCAGCACCUGGGGAAAGAGCUGAAGAUCCGCGCCAUCGGCAACGGCGCCAUGGCCGACAUCAUUGCCCGGAGCUUCGACCCUCCCAAGGUCUGGGUGGACAUGGGCAAGCCUUCAGAUGCGCUACUGGUGCUCCUUCGGAGCCCCCACGCCUACAAUGUGGACCUGAGCAAGGCCCUCAUGGUGGGGGACACUCUUCAGACGGACAUUGUCUUCGGCAACCGCGGAGGCAUGAAGACGCUGCUGGUGCUCACCGGGGUCACCAGCCAGAAGGAGCUGGAGGACGAGCUCCGCGCUGGGGGGCCUCCCAUUCGCAGGCCCACCUUUGUGCUGCCGAAGCUGGGCAGCUUUGUGGACUCGGGGCACAUCGGGUCCCGCGUCUGAGACGGCUGAGACGGCUGAGACGGCUGUGCAUUCCUGGCACCGAGCCGCAAGCCGGCUACCGAGUCGCCAGGUGGCUGAGCUACUGAAGGGAAUGCGCAUGUCGUUGGCGGAAUGCCUAGACCAUGCGAGGGUGACACCCGAAUGAAUGGCAC